AUGUCACGAAUAACCAAGAGCAGUAGCUCAUCCACAUCUACCCAAAAGCAUUCCAAGCCUCUCUCUGAAAAACGACAAGGUCAAGUAUUGGAACAUAUAGACGAUGAAGUACUCAAUGUCAAUGUUUUACGAAACAACCUCAAGACCCAAGCAGUACAAGCGGCAACAGCAUCGGAAACAAACUCCUCCACCUUAUUGCCACACACACCACCAAAAGAAACGAUUACACCUACAUUGGAAUAUGAAAUGUCACUACAAGAGAAAUCCGACCAGUUAGCUGAUGAAAAUUGGCAUAUAGCAACCGAGUACUACAAAAACAUCGAUACCAAAGCAUUUCGCCAAUACGAGCUAGCUUGUGAUCGAGUCAAAUCUUUCUACGAAGAACAACAUGCAAAACAAACUGUGGCAUACAAUAUCCAAGCACGAAUCAAUUUCAAAACAAAGACUCGUGAUACCAUGACUGUUUGGCAGGCGUUGGAGAAAUUAAACAAGUUGUUGGAUGAGAGUGAUCCUGACACUGAACUCUCCCAAAUCCUGCAUGCGUUGCAAACGGCAGAAGCUAUAAGAAGAGAUAACAAACCACGAUGGUUCCAACUUGUGGGGUUAAUUCACGAUUUGGGCAAAUUACUCUACUUUUAUGAUUCACGUGGUCAAUGGGAUGUUGUUGGUGAUACGUUCCCAGUGGGGUGCAAGUUUUCCAAACGCAUCAUUUUCCCCGAUAGUUUUAAAUCCAAUCCUGAUUUCUUGAACCCAUUGUACAAUACUAAAUACGGGAUUUAUUCUAAACAUUGUGGGUUGGAUAAAGUAAUGUUGAGUUGGGGUCAUGAUGAAUACAUGUUCCACAUUGCUCAGAAGUAUUCAACAUUGCCCAAGGAAGGGUUGGCCAUGAUCAGAUACCAUUCGUUCUACCCAUGGCAUCAAGAGAUGGCGUACACUUAUCUUAUGGACGAUCAUGAUAAGGAGAUGUUGAAAGCGGUUAAAGCCUUUAAUCAAUAUGAUUUGUAUUCCAAGAUUGAUCAAGAGUAUGAUGUUGAAGAGUUGAAGCCAUACUACCUUGAAUUGAUUGAUGAAUUCUUCCCGGAUAAAGUUAUUGAUUUCUAA